AUGAAUCCAUCCGUUGAACACGUAAUCGCAAGUCUCAGCACCGGUGUAGAGCUCGCGCGCCACCUCUUCGGUACAUGUCACGACAACAAACGCGCCAGAUCGCGUUCUGAUGACAACGUCUCCGCGGGCAGACAUACAAGCCAUGCAGGUCGAAAGCGACAUGGUUCCCAAGCCGAGAAACGCAACGGCUUCGUGCUGCACACCGGCCCACACGAAGAGUCCAAUGGUCAUCAAGAUCGAUGCCAAUGUCACCAUAUUCAACAUGGAGAAGGGCUUAAGCUCGACGAAGACCUUUCGCAUUUCACUCUUGGGUUUCUGCGGCCUGUUUUGAUCGGUGUUAUUGCCCAUCUCCACAUCGACGAGCCCUCCUCGCACUGCACCCUGCUCGAGGCUCUCGUUUUCGCGCCGAAUUUGUUCGACAACUUCUUCCUUGUGUUCGAUGUGGAAUGA